CAAGUAUUCUAAUUUGUAUUAAAUAAAUAAUUAUGCAAAAACAGUAAGCUCUUGCUGUUGUACGUGCUCCAUCAGGGAUUACAAAGUAACCAUUUAAAUCAAUUGUCACAACCAACUAAGCUCCUCUCCAACGAGUUAACUCUUCUGGAUUCAUGAGUGCAAGCAGAUAGUCUAAUUAAUUUCAGAAACCUUCAACACCAUUCUACUACACCAAUAAUUAUAGGUAAGAUUGGAAGAAUUAUUUACGCUCAUUCCCUAGUAUACCAAAAAUCAAAAUUUUAGCUCCAGGCACUGGUUAUGAUGCAAAAAUGAUUAAAUGAUAUUAUUGUAUUAAUGUUUUCAAUAAUUCACAU